AUGUCUACUCCAGCUCCCCUCCGCAUCGUCAUGGCCUGCGACGAGGCCGGUGUUCCUUAUAAGGAUGCCAUCAAGGCUGUUCUCGAGAAGAACCCUCUGGUCGCCGAUAUCAUUGAUGUCGGCGUCAACUCCACUUCAGACAAGACUGCCUACCCUCACCCCGCCGUCGAGGGCGCCAAGCUCAUCACCGAAGGCAAGGCUGACCGUGGCCUCUUCAUCUGCGGCACUGGACUCGGUGUUGCCAUUGCUGCCAACAAGGUUCCCGGCAUCCGGGCCGUGACUGCCCACGAUCCCUUCUCGGUCGAGCGCUCCAUCCUGAGCAACGAUGCCCAGGUCCUGUGCAUGGGCCAGCGUGUCAUCGGCGUCGAAUUGGCCAAGAAGCUCGCCACUGACUGGCUCAACUACCGCUUCGACCCUAAGAGCGCUUCUGCUGCCAAGAUCCAAGCUAUCAGCGACUAUGAGGCUCAGUUCCGCGCUGCCGCUUAA